CCUUCUGGUUUUGAGAACACGCGCGGCUAUGUGGAGGGCGUGGAAGGGGCUGACCGGGACGAUCCCGUCUUUGAUCACUGGACUGAACCCCUCGCGCCUGUCGCUGCAGCCCCGUGUCGUGCGCGUGGUUCAUAAAACGCGGGCUUACAGCUCCUUCUUCCGAGAACUAGAGGCGCAGCUGGCGGCCAUGCGGAAGCAUGCCGUACGCGCCAUGCCGGGUAGCGAUUGGCAGCCGCUGGAGAUCACGCCUGGUCUGCCUCCGGAGCGCGCGGACGUCGUCAUCGUGGGCGGGGGCGUGGUCGGCUGGUCGGUCGCCUAUUGGCUGAAGAGGAAGGAGCGGAUAAGGGACGGAGUGCGAGUGCUUGUCGUGGAGAAGGACCCCACAUAUUCCCAGGCCUCCACGGUCCUGUCUGUAGGGGGGAUACGACAGCAGUUUUCUCUGCCGGAGAACAUCCACUUGUCCCUGGCCUCAGCUGAAUUCUUGAGGAGCAUCAAUGAGCACCUGGGCGUGCUGAAUGAGGACCCCGUGGACCUUCAGUUCAACCACUCGGGGUACCUCUUCAUUGCCAGUGAGAAGGGAGCUGGCAUCAUGGAAGAGAACUAUAGAACGCAGCGGUAUGCGGGUGCAAAAGUUACACUUUUGUCCCCAGCACAAGUGAAGGAGAAGUUUCCCUGGCUGAACACUGAGGGGGUGGCGCUCGCUUCUUACGGACUGGAGAACGAAGGGUGGUUUGAUCCCUGGUCCCUGCUGAACGCUUUACGUCGCAAGGCCAUAUCCAUGGGAGUUUAUCAAUGUUUCGGCGAGGUCACAGGUUUUAGAUAUUCCACACAUUCCAUGCCAACUGAUGACAGCCACCAGAUGAGCUUUAAGAGAAUUCGAUAUGUCAAUGUGAGGAUGCCUAACAGCCUGGAGUACCAGCCAGUGGAGUGUGCCAUUGUGGUGAAUGCAGCUGGGGCUCAUUCCGGUAAGGUGGCUGAUCUGGCAGGUAUUGGUUCGGGCCCCAAGGACACCCUGGCUGCCGUUCCUGUCCCUGUGGAGCCCAGGAAGAGGUACGUAUAUGUCCUCCACUGCCCGGAUGGACCGGGUUUGGACACACCCUUCUUGAUUGACUACUCGGGGGUUUACUGCAGACGCGAAGGACUUGGAGGAAACUACAUUGCAGGUCUAUCACCUGAAGAGGAAGAAGAGCCAGACACCAGAGAUUUGGAGGUGGACUACAACUUUUUCCAGGAUCGAAUUUGGCCACUCUUAGCCCAUCGCGUUCCUGCCUUUGAAUGCACUAAGGUGGCCAGCGCUUGGGCCGGUUACUACGACUACAACACCUUUGACCAGAACUGCAUCCUGGGUCUCCACCCACUGGUCAACAACAUGUACUUUGCCACCGGCUUCAGCGGGCAUGGGCUGCAGCAGUCUCCGGCCGCUGGCCGCGCACUGGCCGAGCUCAUCCUGGAUGGGGGCUUCCGGACGCUUGACCUCAGCGCGCUCGGCUUCGAGCGCAUCUUCCACCAGGAGCCAGUGCUGGAGAGAAGCAUUGUGUGAUGGUGGGAGUUCUGCUGAAGGCUUGAUGAAGAAAGCAUGGCGAUUCAGCAGCCAGCACUAGAGAGUGAUGGCUGAACACCCCUCAUUUGAGGAACAGGACAUGUAAUUUCUCUGAACUAAGUCCUUUUCAAGGGCUUAUGGAGUCACAGUGCAGCGCUGCUACAUUUUGGGUUGCUAUGCAAAACCCUUUUAUUAUAAUGCAUCAUCCUUGGGUGCUGUACAUUAUCACCUUUCAAAAGGUGCAGUGUGCUUCAUGGUGGUAAACAGUUUUGACACAGUUCUUUUCUGUAAGUGAAAUAUAUAUUUGGAUUUCGUUUUUGAAUGCACGGUGCAUCUGAAGUAAUUUUUAUUUCUCGUUUUGUUAAAUACUCUAUUUUCUCCAUUAAUGCCAUAUGAUGCUUAUCGAUGCAGAUUUUUUUUUUGUGAUCACGUGGUAUUCCAUAAAAUGAAAAUAGAGCUAUAACUUUAGUA